GGUCACUUCCAGUUACAGAUUUCCCCAGGCAGGGGCAGUUGUUUAAUGCAUGGGACUUAAAGGGAUGCACUGGCUGUGUGAUUCUGAGCAGGUUUCGAAAACAUCUUGUGCCUCAGUUUCUCGAUCUGCAGCUUGAGGAUAACAAUAGUACCGCCCCUGUGAGGCUGUCAUGAGAGUCAAGGAGAAGAUGCAAGUGAAGUGCCUAGGACAGUGCUGGCAUAUGGUUAGGACACAGAAACAGGGAACAUAUGGACUGAAUGUUGAGGUUACACUGUAACGUGUACGUGAACGAAUGCACGAAGGAGCGAUGAAAAACGAGUGUGCCAGGAAGUUCCACUUGUCUCAGACUCUCAUCUAGAGAAUGUCCAAUUUCCUUUUAUGACACAACCUUUUUUUUAUUUGUUUUUUUACAUUUUAUUGAAGUAUAGUUGAUUUACAAUGUUGUGUUAACUUCUUCUGUCCAGCGAAGUGACUCAGCUGUACAUAUGUAUAAUUCUUUUUCCAUGAUGGUUUGUCACAGGAUACUGAAUGUAGUUCCCUGUGCUAUGCAGUAGGACCUUGCUGUUUAUCCAUCCUAUGUAUAAUAGUUUGCCUCCGCUAUUCCCAAACUGCCAAACAAAAGCAUUUUCUUAAUGGUAAUCACUUCAGGCCCAAUCCCCCCAAUAAACAGUAAAUGAACACCCUGGAAAGAUGUGCCCAACUGGAUAUAAAAGUGAUUCUUAAUGUCCAGGAAAAUCCCAUUGCGAAGCUUUAGAAAAUACCAUGCGGUCAUCAGCAGAGCUCAGAAACUCAUCUGAAGGCAAAUAUGAAGGUCUUCUGCAGAAUGAUGGCACAAUACAUUCUGACAUACCUGGACAACAAAGGCAUUAAAGAAUGAAUAUGAGAUAAGAGUGAGGGUUAAGAUUUCAUUUCCUUAUUAUCCCAGCCCCCCAAACUCUCCCCAGCACGAGGUCCCUUGUGUGCACCUUUUUCACCUCAUGGAAUAAGAACCAUGGUCAGUAAGGAACCCAGCAAAUGCGCACUCACGACCUCGGCGAGUGAAGUGGAGCCUGCCGCCUGCCUGGCCCUGGAGAUGAAAUAUGCCCUGGAUCCCAACCGGCAGAUUAAGAAGCGUAACAAAGCCCUGCAGGUGCGGUUUAAGGAUAUCUGCGAAGCGCAGAACGAACAGAGGGCCACUCAGCUCUCCUCGGGACAGCUGGGCGACAAGCCGGCGUCCUACAGGGCCACCUACCGCAAAUACAUGACCGUGCCCGCUCGGAGGUCCAUCCCCAACGUCACCAAGAGCACAGGCGUGCAGACCUCGCCGGACCUCAAGAAGUGUUACCAGACUUUCCCUCCGGACCGCAAGAAAGGGAGCCUCAAAAGCAUCCCAGCCGCGGAUGCCUUUAAAAGUCAAAACAAUGGGUUCGUAAUUGACGCGAAAGAGAAGAGUGAGGAAGGGCCCGGGGAGGAGUCCCGGCAGCGGGGCGCCGACCGGGCUCAGAAGGCGGCGGCACUGGCUUUCCACUCCGAUGGGCAGGUGAACGCGCUGGAGCAGCCCGCCGGGGUCAACCGCGCAGAGCCACGCCAAACCCCCGACCGGCACCGCUGCCCAGAUGCGCCUCUCCAGAACUCCACUCGGCCUCCCUCCCAAGAGCCCGACUACCAGCUGCACGGGAAAGCAAAGCACGACGCCGAGGAGCCCGCUGCAUCGGCCCACGGGGUGGUGUUUAAGACGGAGGUGGCCCCCGUUUCCGCGCCGGCCCCCGGCGCUAGGGCCCCCGAGCUGGCCUUGUCGAACUCCGCCCCCUCGAGCGAGGGGCCCCUCUGCCCCGUGGCCGACCAGGAGCCGGGCAAGGCCUCACAGGCCAAUGGGCUCCAGGCCCCGCCCGGCGCUGCCCUGGCCUGCUCGCCCCCGAUGCAGUGCCCGUCCCCCGAACGUAGUGAAGCGUCCCUGCAGACUCAGGCCCCCCCGGGGCAGGAACACCAGCCUCGUCCGACAGCGCUCGCUGCGGGUGAAGAAUGCCAACAAAUCGUGCCUCAUACGGAAGUGGGCGAUCUGAAAGCACAGCUUCAGGUGAUGGAGAACUUAAUCAGUUCAAGCCAAGAAACCAUCAAAGUGCUCUUGGGGGUCAUCCAGGAGUUGGAAAAAGGAGAGGCCCAUCGGGAAGGGCUUUCAUAUCGGACUGGGCAAGACACAGCUAAUUGUGACACAUGCAGGAACAGUGCAUGUAUUAUCUAUAGCGUGGAGCUAGAUUUUAAGCAGCAAGAAGACAAACUCCAGCCAGUUCUGAGGAAACUCCAUCCCUUCGAGGAAACUCAGGUCGCACACUCGCCUUACUCUCAGGAGACUUACUCAACUCCCAAGCAAAAACCCAAAACUGAAUCUAAAAAGCAUGGACGAUGGAAACUCUGGUUCCUUUAAAACUCAUGGUGUUUGGAGUCUAAAGGCCGUCUUUAAAACCCACCGGAGUUCAAAGUAAAUCCUUUUCCAAAAUGAACAGGACGGAGCGAACGGUGGCUGACUUGGACGCCAUCAGUCCUCACCCUGCUUACCAAAAAGGCCUUUGUAACAGAUCGACUCACAGAAGCGAAGUAGUACAUGUCACACCUUGCCAGCUGUUCUUUGCAGUUCGUGGAUGUGGGAUGUAAAACCGGAAACGAAACUUAACAUAGUCAAAGAUGAUAAGUAAAAAUUCUAUGCCCGCAGCCCAGAUCAGCAAGGAUUACGUUAUCAACCUGCAGAACGGCAGGCUGUCACUCUGUAACACAGCUAAAACUCAUAAUUAUUUUCAAGCCUUUAUUAGUUUUUUUUAAUACUGAGAGG